CUCUUCUUAUUCCUUCAAAAUUUCAUUUCUUUUAUUUAUUUUUUGGAAAAAUUGAAUUGAUUUUAUAUAUAUAACCUCAAAUAAAUCUCUCUUUUUUUUCUUUCUGGGUUUUGCCUAUUUUGCCUCCUCUUCCUUUCUCAGGCGGAUUCACUUCCUUCCUUAAUUAAGUUGUGGGUCUAGUGGUACACGAGAUUAUCACGUAAUUUGAUCUGUUCCAAGUUGUCGGUUUGUGCUCCUGUCGGUGUGGCUUUACUGUACACGAGGUUAUCACGUAAUUUGAUCUGUUCCAAGUUGUCUGUUUGUGCUCCUGUCGGUGUGGCUUUAGUGGUACACGAGAUUAUCACGUAAUUUGAUCUGUUCCAAGUUGUCGGCUUGUGCUCCUGUCGGUGUGGCUUUAGUGGUACACGAGAUUAUCACGUAAUUUGAUCUGUUCCAAGUUGUCGGUUUGUGCUCCUGUAGGUGUGGUUUUAGUGGUACACGAGAUUAUCACGUAAUUUGAUCUGAUCCAAGUUGUCGGUUUCUGCUCCUGUUGGUGUGGCUCUAGUGGUACAUGGGGAUUAUCACCUAAUUUGAUCUGAUCCAACUUAUCGGUUUGUGCUCCUGUCGGUGUGAAAAAAGGAUGGCGAGGGGAGGCAGGGUUGGUCGCAAGACUAAUGAUAGGAGAAAGGCUGGAUCCAUGUAUAGAGGUUCAGAUCAGUCAGAUGAGGAUUACACAGUUGAUGACGAUGAGGAGUUUGAUGAGUCAGAAGAUGGUUAUUCUUCUUUUGUUGGAGAUGAGUCAGAAGGGAGUUUAGGUGAAUAUGAAGUGAAAAGGGUUGUUCGAUCAAGAGCACCAAGCAGAAAUAAAAAAGGCACUGUAAAACAUAGAAAGAGAAAGAGAGUUUCAUAUAGAGAAGAUGAUGAUGAGGAUGAUGGAGUUGAUGAAGAUGAUGAGGAAUUUACUCCAGAUUGCUUGGAUGAAGAAGAAGAGUUUCCAGUAAAGAAAGGGACAAAUAAUUCUAGCAAGCGACGGUCACGUAAAGGCACCGUCAAAGAUGAGGACGAUGAGGAAUUCACACCAUAUUCCUUGGAUGAAGAAGAAGAGUUUCCAGUAACGAAACGGAUGAAUAAUUCUAGCAAGCGACGGUUGCGUACGGGCACUGUCAAAGAUGAAGAUGAAGAUGAUGAGGAGUUUACACUAGAUUGCUUGGAUGAAGAAGAAGAAGAAGAAGAAGAGUUUCCAGUAACAGAAAGGACGAACAAUUCUAGUAAGCGAAGGUCACGUAAGGGCACUGUCAAAGAUGAAGAAGAUGAAGAUGAUGAGGAACUAAAUCUAGAUGGCUUGGACGAAGAAGAGGAUUUUCCAGUAAUGAAAGGGAUGAAGAAUUCAAGCAGGUCACGGAGGCGUAAGGGCACUGCCAAAGAUGAUGACGAGUAUGAUGAUGAAGAUGAUGAGGACUUAAAUCUAGAUGUCUUGGACGGAGAAGAAGAUUUUCCAAUAACGAUAGGGAUGAAUAAUUCAAGCAGGCCACAGAGGCGUAAGGGCCCUGCCAGAGAUGAUGACGAGGAUGAUGAUGAAGAAGACAAGGAUGAUGAGGAAUUCACUCCAGACAGCUUGGACGAAGAAGAGGAUAUGCCAGUAACAAAAGGGAUGAAGAAUUCGAGCAAGCCAAGGUUGUGUAAGGGCACUGCCAAAGAUGAUGACGAAGAGGAGGAUGAUGAUGAUGAGGAGUUCACUCCAGAUGGCUUGGACGAAGAAGAGGAGUUUCCUGUAAUGGAAAGGAUAAAGUAUUCAAGCAAGCCACGGUUGCGUCGUAAGGGCAUUGCCAGAGAGCAGAAGAGAAAUAGAAACCAUAAAGAGUUGAAGAAGAUCACAAGAAAGAAACCACAGAAGAGACGGCGGCUGAAAAGGAAAGCAAGAUCUGAAAUAGAUGAGGAGUUCAUAGACGUCGAUCCACUCACGGAAGAAAAGAAUAAAAAGAGUGCAGGUCAGAGGAGAAAAAGAAAGAGACUAACACUAGAUUCUGAUUCUGAUUUUAUUGCGAAUUCUGGAUCAUCUGACCGUGAGUUUACCAUCUCUGAAGAAGAGAGGGAACAAGUCAGAGAGGCUAGUAAAUUUUGCAGGAACUUGGUGAGGGGCUCUGUGUCUUUGAAACAUUCACCAAGAGAGGAAGCUCCGCGUCUACAAAGAAAACAUCCAGGAAGAAAGGCUAAAGCAAAGGUGGAGGAGUUAAAGACUGAACCUGGAAAGCAGAUCUGUGGCAUAUGUUUGUCUGAAGAAGGGAAAAGAACAGUUAGAGGGACACUGAAUUGCUGUAGUCAUUACUUUUGUUUUGCUUGCAUCAUGGAGUGGUCCAAAGUGGAAUCCCGUUGUCCACUGUGCAAGCAAAGGUUUGUAACAAUCAGUAAGCCUGCGAGGUCAGACACUGGCUUUGAUUUGAGGACUGUGGUUAUUCAGGUCCCUGAGCGUGAUCAGGUUUAUCAACCAUCUGAAGAGGAGCUUAGGGGUUACCUUGACCCGUACGAAAAUGUAUUAUGUACAGAGUGUCAGCAAGGUGGGGAUGAUGCUCUUAUGCUACUUUGUGAUCUCUGUGAUUCACCUGCGCAUACUUAUUGUGUUGGUCUUGGACAUGAAGUACCUGAAGGUAACUGGUACUGUGAAAGCUGUCGGCCAACUGUUCUUGCUUCUUCAAAUCCACAAAAUCUGAACCCUAUGCCUGAUAAUAGAACAAGCACCAAUUUUUCUGUUGGGUCACCUCCUGUUGCUAAUGUAAGAGAAAUGUUUGAUCUUAAUGAAAUGUAUGUGCCUGAUACCCCUUUGGCUGAAGAUUCAGGUGAGUUUCAAUCUCCCCGAGAUGGUCAAGUUUCUCCUCUAGCUUCUGGGAUUGGGGCAUUCACAGUUUCUGACCGACGUAGAAUACAGCGGCAAAUACAUCAACUCCUUCAUAAUAGGAGGAGACAACUUGGUAAUAGUCUCGUUGGCUCUCAAAUUGCUCGAAGUAGGGAAUUAGCAACUCAACCUGCCGUAGCACAAAGGGCAGCGCCUCAUAAUACAUUUUUCCAAGGAAGGCAACCAGAGAGUAAUGCUCGUUUACCUCAAAAUCGGAACCUUGCACCCGAAAGGUUAAGUAAUUUGAGUGGGCAACUGAAUUUGAAUGGAGCCUCUACAUCAUCACAAAGUUUUUUUGGUGAAUUUUUAGAAAGUGAAUUGCAAGGGACCGAAGCAAGUUUCGGCUUUGGUUUGGCUCAUCAGCAACUCCAUCCCUGCAGUAGCAGAUCUAACGCUGGCCCUGAUACCAGCAAUUCUCCUUGUCAAUUUAGAGAGCCUACAGUACCUACAAGGACAUUGCCCAGUACUCUUAGAAGACCAUUUUAGCUGCAUGUGCUCGAGCAUCGUGAAGUGAAGCUCUCUGUGCAGUCGACCAUAAUUUGUAAUUAUGUUGGGAGACUGGCUGGCAGCCGAAUCUCCCCCAUGGAGGGUCGGUGUCCUCUUGCCUCUUUUUGUAUGUAAGGGAUGAUGGUGAGGGGAAUCACCAGUAGAAGACAGUAUGCUGUUUGUUGAGGUGUUGGGAUUUGAUGUGCGACUACUCAGAAAUAGCGUUAGCCAUUCUUUCUGCCCAUUGACCCAGCCGGACAAAUCCAUUUGUUAGGAUAGAAUUUUCAGCUUUACACUUGUAUACCCUGCUUUAUUGACAAAAGAUCCCUUGAUUGUUAAGAAUAUGCAACAACCAUUGUUCGUCAUUGUUAUUUAUUAGUCAAUUUUUUAUCCGAGAAUGAUACUCAGCUGCUUUGAUAUGUUGGAAUUU